CACGUGACGGGCGAGGCUCCGCCAUUUUGUCCUGCGGAGGCAGUACUUAGGGCGUAGCGCCCGCGCCGCCGCGCACUCCUGCCGGGACGGAGCUCCGCGCCGCAGCUUCUCCUCCCUCCCUCUCCCGCCCGUGGCCGGCCCCCUCCCUUGUGCAGCUCUCAGCCGGCCUCCGCCCCGUCUCCCUCCCUCUUUCCCUUCUUGCCUCCGCCAUUUUGUGGCCGAGCGCUGCCCGCGGAGACCCGGCGCCGCGGCGGAGCCUCCCACCUCCCCCUUCGCCCUCUUGCGCUCCCUCUCCCAGCGGCGCCUACCCUCGGCCCGGCCCGCGCAGCCAUGUCGUCCAGCUCUAAUCCCGAGUACGCCUCCUUCUUCGCCGUGAUGGGCGCCUCGGCUGCCAUGGUCUUCAGCGCCUUGGGAGCUGCCUAUGGAACAGCAAAAAGUGGCACGGGUAUUGCAGCUAUGUCUGUGAUGAGGCCUGAGCUCAUCAUGAAGUCCAUCAUCCCCGUGGUCAUGGCGGGCAUCAUAGCAAUCUAUGGCCUCGUAGUGGCAGUGCUCAUUGCCAAUGCCCUCUCACCUUCCAUCACACUAUUCAAGAGCUUUCUUCAGCUGGGUGCUGGCUUGAGCGUGGGCCUGAGCGGCCUGGCUGCUGGUUUUGCCAUUGGCAUCGUGGGCGACGCAGGUGUACGGGGAACAGCACAGCAGCCCAGGUUAUUCGUGGGCAUGAUCCUCAUCUUGAUCUUCGCUGAAGUCUUGGGUCUCUACGGCCUCAUCGUCGCCCUUAUCCUCUCCACAAAGUAAAAAAAGUAGUCACACAGUAUGAUGUAAAGAGAUGUAACAAAUCUACGUUUAAAAACAAAACAAACCCGAGGGGAAAAAAAACAAAGCUCCAGAAUGAAAAUGGUCUCUCCAAUGUGUACAGUCGUCCCAAUUUGGUAGUUUGAUCUCUUGUAAAUGCGCAAUGUAUGUUAGUGACUUCGUCUGUCCUUGUGUGUACUUCAAUAUUCAAUUGGAUGGGCUGCUCCAAGCCUGCUGCUGCAUGCCUUGGGGUGGCCCCUGUGCAAUUUUUUCCCCCCCUCCUCUCUCUCCCACCCAUUGCUGUUAGUAUUUUAUGUAUAAAUAUGAACUAGAAAUGUAAUUUUUGUUUUGGGGUUUUUUUCCUCUUCACUGGAUGUUUAUUUAUAAAAAGACUUGACAUGUUCAUACACAUCUUAUGGAGCGAGGAUUUUCAAUUUCCCAUUGCUAUAUAUAUUAAUCUUCUAUAUAUAUAGGUAGAUUUACACUGUGGGGUCAAUUGUUCAGUGCAGAGAAUUCCUUGGAUAUGUAACUUUUUGAAUCUCAAGAUCGCUGUAGUGUCCUGGUUGUUGGAGUAUGAGAACUUUGUGUUUUAUUACAGCAGCAGCUGUCCGAAACACUCCUGUGUUUCAGUAGUGACCGCCAGUGCUCCGGCAGCAGAGUUGUGCUCCCGCUCUUGGGGUACGAACUUGACCAUGUUUCCAAAUAAAACUUCCUCACUACAUUGC